GUCCGCUCAUUGCGCCGGUGGCGCUCCGUGUCAAACAGGGCUCCCUAAAAGGCGUCGCGACGCAAAUAUCAAAUAGUACGAAACCUGUUGUCCGCGCGGUAACAAUAACAACCCGCAACAUAUGGCCUAAGUUCGUGUUUUGCUGACUUCACUUUGACGCCAACGUUCACCGGGCUCACGCCCAAACAUGACAACAGAAGAUAACGGCAAUAUUGGAGCAAUUCUGAAACCUACUUCCAGCAGCAAUGAGGACCUGAGUGAAUACACUGACGCCGACGAAAGUAUUUCCGCGCCGACCGAAUUUUUAGCUGAAUUUCUAUCGGCAGUUAUGUUAAAGGACUACGUGACAGCACUGAAGUAUUGCAAAUUAAUUUUGCAGUACGAGCCAAACAAUGCUACCGCCAAGGAAUUUUAUCCACUUAUUUUGGAGAAACUUAAACAUCAAAUAAAUUCGAAUACGGAGGAAGCGAGUAGCAACGAUAGCGAAGACGAGGAGAGUGAAGUAAAAUCCAGCGCGUCGUCCGCCUCGGAAAGCAGCGUCCAAGACGAAAGCAGCGAAGGUCAGGAGGCAACCGAAGAGGAAGAGGACGAGGAAGAAGUGGAACAGGGUAAACGAUCGAAGGGUUCUUCGGACGGCGACGCGACCACGGGAAGUUAUUCGAGUUUGGAAGACGACGAGGCCGAAACUAUCGAUCAAUUAGCCGCCCUGGCUGCGAAGUAUCAAAACGACAACAUCAAUCUAGGCAACGGCAACAAAAUUUACUCGACAAGCAACCUUCUAGUCCCGACGGUUGUGAACAAACAAAAAGUUGACAACCACCCCGUUUGUAAACAAAACGACAAUUUCCAAGCGAACAACAUACAGUUUGUGGCCAGCUCGGAUUCUGAAUCGCCCACCGAACCCAUAAGUCAACAAACCAUUGCCUUGCUCAGGGCUAAGGUCGUGCCAAACAAAAUCUAAUCUAAAUGUACGUCGAAUGCGUAAAAAUUCAUUUUUGAUAAAUGAAACGCUGCGGGUGAAAUGUGUACGCAGAAAGGCGUCAAAUUAAAAGACAAAUAAAGGCAAUUUAAUAUUUAAUUAAUGUUUUAUGAAAUGCAGCUUUGGUUUAUUUAAAAAACCGUGCGCUUUAAAAAUUUACUGAAAUAUAAGUGUCCUACUUUUUGUGUGAGGAAUUUCAAAGCUACAAUUUAAUUAAAAAGCUGCCGAAUGCAGAAGUUAACCAAAAACGAAGUAUUUGUCAUAUGGUAAAGAAUUUUUUCCUAAACGUGAAGGUGUUGUGUGUCAUUUUUUAUUCUACCAUUGCAACCUCGUAGCUGAUAUAUUUGGUAGCUGGAUUCGCCAAGACGCAAAUAAUCCUACCAUUUUCCUUAAUUCAAUCUCCAUUUUAUAGUUUAAAUUCCGUUCCAUAAAGGUUACAAUUGUGUUUGGCAGAAACGUUGGAAAGUUGUGCUUAAGGCUCACGUACAAGGAUUAAAACAUUAAUUAUUUAGAAAACGCCACUCAAGCAUUUUCAGGCAUAUUAGGUAAUACUUUCACCGCGAUUAUUAAACUUCAGUUCAAUAUCACUUAUAGGGAUUCCUGUCCUACAUGACGUUUAAGACUGCGUUGAUCAGAAAUCUAUAAAAAUAUAGAAUAGUGAAAAUGUUUUAGGAAAAUAUUAAACCUUUAUCAUGAAAAAUGUAUCGUUACCUAUUGUAUUUGAAGAACAAAUUUUUGUCUUCUCCCUUAUAAAUGCCUAAUUGUAUUACUACUUCUACUAAUGUAACUACUUAGUACGUGUUAGGCUCUAAUUCAAGAAAUUACAGAAUAUCUAAAAUGUUUCAAGUAUUGAAAGUGUCUUAGCGUUCAACAGAGAGAAAUAUUUUAUAUCCAUUACCGUUGUGCAAAAAGAAAACGUAUCUUUUGAUGGACGUGUCGGUGAAUAUAUUUUUGUAUUUUUUGUAAGUAGUUUAGAACAGCUUCUGGACGUAGAUGUCAUCGACCAAAAAGUAGCAGCUACCUACACUUUAUUGUAUUUAAUUUAAAGGUCCUACAGAAGUAGAAUCAAUUUUAAGUAUCUUUUUUGUGGUAUGAAGGGUGUGCACUUUUUAUUCCGGCAAAAAAUGCUGGACGACUGUAAUAUGGUUUUCUCUCCAAAACCUUCCAAUUUAGUGUUAAAAGACUGAAUGUUUUAUAGAACAGAUGAUUUUUUCCACCAACAUAUCUCGCGAGUCGUUGUCGAAUUUAAAUGUGUUUCCAAAUGGACUUUUAGAGACCACCAAUUAUUGUCGUAUAUUCCUUAUUCACGACCUUUUGACGAUUUCGGAGAGUAUCCAGGUGCUAACAGUAUAAAUCAUUGAAAACCCCUUUCCUUUUUAAGUUUAAAGUUUGUACUUUAGACAUGCCAAAUUCUUAUCUACUACUGCUACUACUACUACUGCUAUUGAUUGUUUACGAAGGUGCACAAAUGUAUUUGUCGCGUAUAAUAAUUACCUAUUAAACCCAAACAUUUGUUGUUAUGUAAAGCACCUGCCAAUAUGAUCCUACAUUUAAUAUUUUUGCCAAAGAACUUCAAUAAUGUAUACAAUUUUCAUAUAAUUGAAUUCACUAAAAAAAUUUUUGGGCAUAUUGUAAAAAACAAUACGCCCAAAAAUUUUAAUAUACCACAACGUCACUGGCAAACUGAAUUCUCUGCAUUGAAAUUUCGUCAAAAGUGAGCGAACAGUUUACCGCUAUGUCAACUUUAUCCUUAUGAUGUAUACUGUUAGUGUUGUAGAACAUGGUAUGUAAGUAAUUUGAGCGAGUGCAACAUUAUUAGUUCUACGGUGUAACUAGCUGUCUCAAUACUGGAUUUUACUAAACUUUUGCAUGUGUAGAUAAUGUAGUGUAAAAUAAAAUAAUCAAAAUAUUUAUUGAUAGAGGCCUUAAGACGUGGAUUAAGAAUGUAAAUCUGCGAUUUAUACAUUUUUAAAUGUCAUGCCAGUUUGAAAAUAAAAUAAAAUACUCACAAUAAUAGGAGGAUUGACUUCUCUUGUUGACAGCAAUUGAAAGGUUUUAUUUCAGAGCUCAAAGGUUGGUACUUAUUGCUUUAACCCACUAUAUUACACGCAAAUAAAUAAUGUAAAUACGAAAAGCAAAACGAAUGAAUAGAGAAACGCGGCCUUGAUCAUUGUAAAUAUUGACGAGAUUAUAACAAUAAAGCAUAUCAUUAAUAUCGCUGUAAUCAUU